AUGACGGACCGCCUCAACGGCUUGCACCUACAACGACGUGCUGGUAGACGGAAGUCGACUCCAGUCUCGCCCAUCUCUCCUUCCUUGUCACGCAAACAUGGGAGGUCGCAGGACUCAGCUCUGCCCGUCUUCUCACCUAUCGAUACCUCUUCGGCCACCACGUCCAACUACUCCCCAACAAUAGACCUGAUUGUCCCUUCACCAACCUUUAACCUCUCCACGAUCUCUCCUGCCCUAGAGCAUAUCAACGAUGACCUGCUCCACCAGCGACAGGACUUCAGAGUGCCUGAAAGACCAUAUAUUGGACAGCUGAGGACAACAGAUGAGAAUGUUCGACCAGCAGCAAGUGAUGCUACCGGCAACGCCAAACAUAUUCAGCAGAACUAUGAAAAGUACUCAUCAGAUCCUGCUGCCACGCAUGCAUCGCCUGCACAAGGGGGAACUCCAAGAUCAAGUGAAACAUUGGGGAGACCUUCGAGCCGGGAAACGAACGAUGAAAUAUCCGCUCAGCGUGCUGCCGCAUUCUGGGCUCAAUAUGAUAAGACGAGCGAGGAUUCAGUCAUACCUAAGGGUACACAGAACCCGAAGAAGAGUCGUUUCAACCUUCUGAACCCUAUGAGCCUCCUUGCUCGUCGUCGCUCAUCUCAGAACACAAACAAGUCGGAAGACACCAGUGUGAACGUGAACACUCUUCAUGUUCCAGCUAUUCCUGACAACAUUACACCUAGUAUCCGAGGCAGUAUUGUUCAUGAUUUCUCGGCACCCAGGACCCGCAGGUUAAACAGCGACUAUUCUCCUCGACCAGGGCCCGCACCAAACCCGAACUAUCCACGAAGGCCGCCUGAUCUGGUCUCCCAACAGACAGAUUCGUCUGCUGGCACGCCAUUAUCACUGCACAGCCCUAUGUUUAGGGAGCAUUUCCAGGAAGAACAGCGAUCCAUAAAUCCCCAAAAUACCGCCUAUCUACAUGGACACAAUCUCCAAGUGCCGUCUUCGGGGUCACUACCCACCUUCGCCAAAAGGCUGCCUUUGAUUCCACCCGAAGACGAUAGUCACAUUCACCAGCCAAGUUGUCAGAGUAAGGGACAGGCACAAAUAGAAGAGCUCCAGCCGCCAGAGCCUGAAGUAUCACCUCCACCUCCACCUCCGCCAGCACCAACAGUGGUAGAACCUCUAUCAGAGAGGACUCCUUCACCAGCAUCGACUUUGCAGUCAGCUAACAUAGUACCAAAGCACAUGACGAGCACCUCUUCGCGGUUUAGUUACAUCGGCCAACAAGGUUCGAUUGCUCAAGAGAAGUUUUUAGAGGCGAAACACAAAGAGCACGCACUCAAAAAUCCUCCUCCACGCCAUUCUGUGGCAUCAGUGGACAUAGAUGACAUUGACGAUUACACAGAUCUGGACGAGGAAGACGGCUUCGACAAUGCUGAUAUUACCAUCAAGAAUGUUGACAUGCCGUCUAGUCAAGUGCCUCAGGAUCAUACAUCAGUUAUCGAAGAGGGCUAUCCCCUCGACAACGAUGAUGAAGAUGAUGACGAGUUCGGUACGGGCAGUAUUGUGGUUAGAGAUAUCAACAUGUCGACGAGUCGAGCCAAUCUUGGAUACCAUGACAACGAAGCCCUCGAUCCUGAUGCUUUUCCUAUCGACUACGUGGAUCAACCAGUCGUUCAAGAGCAAUUCACCAGUCAGAAUACCACACAGGGUAAGCGACAGUCUUUGCAGGCAUUUCACUUCACUCCCCAAUCACAUCCAUUCAGUCCAAUGUCUGCACAAAAUACAUCACAGUCUACACCACGAGAUGUGGAGGGCCUUGCAAUCGGUACAGCGCAGUCCAGAUUGGAUCAUGCUUAUGGAGGUCAGCCACAAGCUAGAGAUGGCUCAGACCAAUCCUUUGAAGCAAUAUUUUAUGAGGGUUUAGGCAUAAGCACCAGAAACCCAAAUAUUACAACACCGCAAACAUCGAGGCCAAAUCAACAGUUCGAUGAUUUCGACUUCGACGAUGGUGAAUUUGACGAUGACAUUGUAGAGAGUAGUGGUCAUUUCGAUGAAGACGCUUUAGAUGAUGGCGAUCAAAUCAAGGACAUACCUGCAGAAAAUGCUCGCAAGUACGAAGAGGCUGUACAACGAAGUCAGGCUCGUAGAGAAAUCGAGGCACUCUGCGAGGAUGUACCGAGCGAAUCUUUCCUAGGGUCCGAGUCACCAGAAUCGAAUUUCAAAGAACCACCUCCGACCACGCAGACAGGGUUGACGGCCGACAAUUUGGCUGCGUACCACGAUGCAUUGGCUAUGGCAGCCACAAAAGCAGCUGAAGACGGCAAGUUCAAUCGAAGCGUUAGUUUUAGUCAAGUCUCAGAUGAUGAGACAGAUUCUCCAUUCCAUAAUACUGGACCCGAGGCGUCGACAGCUGGUAGCCGAUACAGCAACAAUAUCAUCAGCUCAGCGAUAUCCGACGAGGACGGCUUCGGUUUUGACGAUGAUCUAGACGACGAAGCCAUGAUUGCUGCAGCCAAUGCGGAAGCACUUGAGAACGACGACGACGGCUUCUACGGGCAGGAAUUUGGGUUCUUUGCUCGGGCGCGUGGUAAGGAAUCGGCCGAGUAUACCAAUGGUGGGUAUUUUGCCUCGAGAGGAUCUAACGGCAUCAAAAGAAGUCAUAGCGGAAAGAAUAACUUUCAGGAGCCUAACUUAACGCCGAUCACUGAGAGAAGCGAGUGGAGCACGAGAAACUCUAUAGCCUCACUACCAUUACAUAUAGGCAUACCGGGCACCACACAGUCAUUGUCCAGUCCUGGAAUCGCACAUCUGCUAGAGAGAGACUCGCCGAUUGUCGAUGAUGAAAUGAGCAUGAGUACCUUGAUGAAGUUGAGAGGACGAGCUUUUGGAGGUAGUUCGACCAGCAUCAACAGCCUGGCAGAUCGACACCAUGCGCACACUUCGCCACUGACGCAUAGCUCAGGCUAUCAUGUUGCGGCUACUGAUGGCUUUGCUGGCAGAAUGUCAUCACCUGCACAUCACAAAAACUUGGACCUUAGUGAAUUCGAGGACGAGGAUGUAGACCAUGGUAACGAGAAGUUUGUACUACCACACAACACGUUUCACAAAAAGCUUAUGACACCUGUCCGCGACACUUCACACUCAUCCUCAGAGCAGGUGACGAGCUCACCAAUGAGCAGGAAGGGCAAUCACAGUCGUAACAGCAGUGGUGCGGAGAGUGUAAGUUAUGCCAGAGAUGACGAUGGACGAUGGGUUCUAGAAAGGAGACGUACUGGUGAUGAUGGCGAGCUUGAACUUAUAGAUCGGGAGUACUUGGAAGGAAUGCGAAUAUAG